CCGACUGAUCUAAUCGGCGCGAAGUCGGCGAAGUGGCGCGCAUUUUGUCCGUUGUGUAGUUCUGUUUGCCCUGUGCCAGUCGUGUUCCGUUAUUUAGUAUUCGCUCGUGUGAAGUCCUAUGUUGUCGUCUUUCUUCCCGAGUUGAAGUUGAGGGGACACCAAACUCGGAACAUGUUCGCCACUGCCGCCGACGACGUUCGCAUUUGGAACGCCGACACAUUCGAACUGCUGCACCAUUUUUACCUGGAUUCGUCAGCGCGAGCAGCGACUGUUUCUUGGAGCUGCGAUGGAUGUCAGCUGGCUUGCACAGCCAAGGCCGCAUCUAUGGUUCACCUCACGGGCCUGGUUGACCGAGGCGCGCACCACACCAAGGCCAACAUUGGGCGCCCCUGUGCCAGCGCCCGGUUCAGCCGUCGCAGUGGUCGUCUGCUGGCGGUGGGCUGCUGUGACGGCUCUGUCCUGCUGUGGGACGUCAAGCAGGGCAGGCCCUCAGCUUCCUUCCAGGCACGCCCGGCGGCGGUGACACGGCUGUCGUUCAGCAAUGACGACUCUUUCCUAGCAAUGGCGGCAGCGGACGGCACGUUGUGCAUCUACAACAUGGGCACCAAGCACUGCUCCAAGAGCCUCGCCCAGCCUAGGGACCAGGUGGUGACCGGACUGGAGUGCUCAAUACUCCGGCGAUACCAGGUGGCAUCAAGCUGGACAGACGGCACAGUUUGCACGUGGGACGCCAGCUGUCAGCGCCUUGUGGCCGAGAUGGUGCUGCACCCCAAAUACAGCUGCAGCGGAGUGGCCCUGUCUCCACAGUUCGAGGCACUGCUGGCGACCGUGGGCAUGGACAAGAGGCUGGUUCUCUUUGACCUUACCAGCAGAAGGGCGCAAGGCUCGGUGCAGUGCGCGGAGACACUGGAAACGGUGGAUUUUGCGAGGGACGGCCGACGGGUGGUGGUCGGAGGCACCUCCAGCAAGGUGUACGUCUAUGACCUGCGCAACAUGGCGGCUCCCCUGGUGGAAACCUUGUCUGGUCACGUGGGUCCGGUCGGCUGUGUCAGCUGCUGCCAGGCGGCCGGGUGCUGGAAGAAGCCCGAAGCCAGUAGUCUGCAGACUGUUCCACUUGUGACCUUGACAGAAGUUCCCCCGGAGAUGUCCUGUUCCAACACCCCGGCCCUGAACCGCCGCCAGCCCCGAGCAAGUAACGGUGAUUCUGUCGGCAGAGUGAGCGACAGGGGCGACGUUCUCGAGGAACACAGCGUGCCCAGCCCAGACUUCUUUGGAGCGUCUGGGCGCAGCAGCGGAUCCUCCCACCACCAGUUCCGUCUGAGUGACGUGAUGCCUGUCUUCUCGGAUUCCAUGAUGACAUCGAGUUCUCUUUCCCCAUCUGGCACGCAGAACGACAGCGUCUUUGAUAGAAGUUCCGAGCUUCACCAGGAGCAACAGGAGAGUCCCGCCAACGGUGCCGCCACACGGCCGCCGCCCGUAGCCCCACUGCCGCCGCACGAAGGAGGCCGGCUGCCAGACGACGGCCCUCAGCGUGAAGAGGUGGCAGCAGCCCUGUCGACGCUGAGAGGGGAGGUGGAUGACGGCUUCGAGAACGUCCAUCGGCACCUGAGCCACUACGAGUUCGUCACCACGAGGCGGCACCUUGCUUUCAGGAGGGAGGUGCAGGGAAUGCUGCAGCAGAUCUUCGAGGAAGUCCUGGCCAUACGAAGAAACUUGGAGGAGAUGCAGAUGGACGCAUAGCAUUUUUAAAAUAUUUUUAAUAUUUAAUACUAAUACUACUUUUGCC